AUGGGAGCUGAAAAGAAAUGGCUCUUCACCCUUUUUUCUGCAUCCUUUGUUUCAAUUCUUAUAUUCCUGUCCACCAUUUCGGGCUUCAGUUUUUCCUAUGACUAUGCCACACAUAAGCCAUUUUCUUCCGUGGCGCAUCGCGGGCUUGGCCAUCCCCCAGCCUUCGCCUACUAUAUUUCAGGCGGCCGGGGGGAUGGGGACCGGAUUUUCAGAUUGUUGCUAGCGGUGUACCAUCCGAGGAAUAGGUAUUUAUUGCACAUUUCAGCGGAUGGGACUAAGGAGGAAAGGCUGAAGCUGGGUGUAAUGGUUAAGUCCCUGCCUGCUGCUCGAGCCUUCGAGAAUGUGGAUGUUAUAGGGAAGCCCGAUCCGACGACUUACAUGGGGUCCACGAAUAUGGCCGCCAUUUUGAGGGCGGCCACAAUUUUGUUGAAGGUGGAUGCUAAGUGGGAUUGGUUUGUCACUCUAAGUGCUAUGGAUUAUCCGUUGGUUACACAGGAUGAUUUGUCCCAUGUGUUUUCAUCUGUUAGGAGAGACCUGAAUUUCAUUGAUCACACUAGUGACCUUGGAUGGAAAGAGGGUCAAAGAAUUGAGCCCAUUGUAGUUGACCCGGGUACGUACUUGGCUAGGAGGACCCAAAUCUUUCAUGCGACAGAGAAGAGGCCAAUGCCUGAUGCUUUCAAGGUUUUCACUGGUUCUCCAUGGGUCAUCUUGAGCCGAUCCUUCCUUGAAUUCUGUGUUUUAGGCUGGGAUAAUCUCCCACGAAUCCUUUUAAUGUAUUUUACUAAUGCUGUCUUGCCACAAGAAUUCUAUUUCCAUUCUGUUAUUUGUAAUUCACCUGAAUUCAAAAACACGACAGUCAAUGGUGAUUUGAGAUAUGUUGCCUGGGAUAGCCCCCCUAAGAUGGAACCCCUUUUCCUCAACACCUCAAAUUAUGAUGAGAUGGUUCAAAGUGGAGCUGCUUUUGCCAGGCAGUUUGCAAAAGACGAACGUGUGCUUGACAUGAUUGAUAGCAAGAUUCUCAAGCGAGGUCGAAACCGGGCUACCCCCGGGGCAUGGUGUACCGGCCGAAAGUAUUGGCUGAUGGAUCCGUGCUCUCAGUGGGGUGAUGUGAAUGUUUUAAAGCCGGGGCCUCAAGAGAAGAAGUUUGGCGAGUCGAUAAACAGACUUCUUGACGACUGGAAAUCACAGUCGAAUUCCUGCAGCUGA